GGACUAGACGCAGGGAAACGACGCAAGGAAUCCAUUUAACCGAAGUGAGAAGGGCCCCGGGUCACUACCGGAGGGCCGAGGAGUCGAGGAGGGGAAAUUUGAGUAUUGAGAAACCUCUCCUGUCUCCCACCACCUCCACAGUGAGAACCCACAGGUAAUAAACCCACAGGUAAUAAACCCACAGGUAAUAAACCCAUUCUGGUCUGUGGGUGCAGUACCGGGCUCCGCCGCCAGGGGGCCUCUGGGCGGCGCUGCUGCUGCUCCUCCUCCCCGGGUUUGGAGGCAGGAUGGCGGCUGCAGAGGGACCAGAGCCCCGCUGUCCGGAGGAUUCUUCAGACAGCGAGCCGGAGCAGGAGCCCGGAUCCCCGCAGAAACUCAUCCGGAAAGUGUCCACGUCCGGACAGAUCCGCAGCAAGACGGUGCUGAAGGAGGGUUUCCUCCAGAAGCAGAGCAGCUCCUUCCAGCGCGGCAAGAGGCGCUACUUCAAGCUGCGAGGAAGGACCCUGUACUACGCCCAGACCCCCAAGUCGAUCAUCUUUGACGAGGUGGAUCUGACGGACGCCAGCGCGGCCGAGUCGAGCACCAAGAACGUGAACAACAGCUUCACCGUCAUCACCCCCUGCAGGAGACUCACUCUGGUUGCAGACAGCAGGAAGGAGAUGGAGGAGUGGAUGGCGGCGCUGCGCAGCGUGCAGAACACACACAACUACGAGGUCAGUGUGUGUGUGUGUGAGGGUGAGUGUGUGUGAGAGAGAGGGUGUGUGUGUGUGAGAGUGUGUGUGUGAGAGGGGGUGUGUGUGUGUGUGAGAGGGUG